AAGGCAGAGAGUUGAUUGGGCGCGCAAGCGUCAGAGCCCUUUGCGCAGGCGCAGUGCUUUCCCAAAUUGAAGAGGCGCAGUCUUCCUGGUUUCUGAGCACUGGUUAUCGGAGGACUCUGCCUUUUUCCACACGGAGAGCACACAGGAGGGAAUGGCUGCUGUGGCUCCGGCUGCCAGAUGCCAGGAAUCAGUGACGUUCAUGGAUGUGGCUGUGAUUUUCACAGACGAAGAGUGGAGGUAUCUGAUCCCUAUUCAGAGGGACCUCUACAAGGAGGUGAUGCUGGAGAACUAUGAGAGUGUUGUCUCACUGGGACUUCCAGUUCCUCAACCUGAUGUGAUUUUCCAGUUGAAGAGAGAGGAUAAGCCUUCGAUACUUGACCUUCAUGGAUCCGAUGAGAGAAGGAACAUUUCUCUAGACUGGGAGACUAAGCCUGAGAUUCAGAGUGCUUCAGAAGAAGAAAAAUCAGAAGGAAUGUCAAGGGAAAAGCUUGGAAGAAAAGGUCCUCUGUGUCUUAAAUUUGAAGUUCACACACUGGAAGGUGGGUUGGAAACAGAGAAGGAAAGCCCAGCAGUGGAGACCUGCAAUAAAUCCUUUUCCCUGGAGGAAAGCUUGCGACAAGGGUCAAUUCCUCCCAAGAGAAUUCUCACUAAAGACAGAGACCAGGAAUGCAACAGUUGUGGGAAGACCUUUUUUGACCACUCGUCCCUUAUCCGCCAUCAGAGGACUCACACAGGAGAGAAACCCUAUGACUGUCACGAGUGUGGGAAAGCCUUUUUCAACCGUUCAUCUCUAACUGUACAUCAGCGAAUUCACACUGGAGAGAAGCCCUUUAAAUGCCAUGAGUGUGGAAAAGCUUUCAGUCACAGGUGUAGUCUCAGCAGACAUUUGAUGUCUCACACUGGGGAGAGCCCCUACGAAUGCAGUGCAUGUGGGAAAGCCUUUUUCGACCGUUCAUCCCUAACUGUACAUCAGCGAAUUCACACUGGAGAGAAGCCAUUUAAAUGCAGCGAGUGUGGGAAAGCUUUCUUUGACCGUUCUUCCCUCACUCGACACCAGAGAAUCCAUACUGGAGAAAGUCCUUAUGAAUGUAGUCAGUGUGGGAAAGCCUUCAGUCAGAAAAGCAUUCUUACUCGACACCAGCUAAUUCACACUGGCAGGAAGCCUUAUGAAUGUAAUGAGUGUGGGAAAGCCUUCUAUGGUGUCUCAUCACUGAAUAGACAUCAAAAAGCUCAUGCUGGAGAGCCUCGCUACCAGUGCAGUGAGUGUGGGAAAGCAUUCUUUGACCGGUCAUCCCUUACACAGCAUCAGAAGAUUCACACUGGAGAUAAGCCCUAUGAAUGCAGCGAAUGUGGGAAAGCCUUUAGCCAGAGAAGCCGGCUAACACGACAUCAGAGAGUUCAUACAGGAGAGAAACCCUUUGAAUGCAGUGUAUGUGGGAAAGUGUUCAGUUCUAAAUCAUCAGUUAUUCAACAUCAACGGCGCUAUGCCAAACAGGGAAUAGACUGAGUUGGGCGAAAGCUUUAGUCAAAGGAAUUCCAUGAAAAUUCAGAAUAGGUCUUCCCCAUCUUAAAUCCAUCAGUUGAUCAUUCUACCUAUUCUGUCUCCUACUCUCCUUUCCUGUUUCUGCUACCACAGUGUUUGAAUAAAACUCUACUAUGUUAUAGAAUUGAAGUGGGAUGCUGGAAAUUAAGGUGCAACUUUAAAGAGUCCACAAUCUGCAGAAGUUUCUCAGACAAUAGGAUAUUAGGAGGUGAUUCUCACACACCUAUUAGCUGAGGUGCCUGGUGUCACUGCACUUUAAAUAAUUGGAGGCUACAACAGGAGGGGAAAGGCAAAAUUAUAUCAGCAUGGCUGUUGUUUUCCAAAUAGUUCUUUUUAGGACUGUUAGUCCCUCUCUUCGAGCUUUUUUGGGCACUGAUUUUUCUUUUUUUUCCUGUCCCAGCUUUAGAGCUCUAUAAUACUGUUCUACUAAUAGCUAGCACUUACUGAACAUUUGUUAUGGGGUAAGCACUCAGCUAAGAGUUUUGCAAGAUUAUUUGGUCCUUUCAAAAACCCUAUUAAGUAGGUACUCUUACUACCUGCAUUUUACAGGUGAGCAAACUAGGGUUUAAAGAAGUUAAAUAAGUUACCCAAGAUGACAGCUAGGAAAAGGUGAAACCAGGUCUUGAACACAGGUCUACCUUCAAAAUCUAUUCCCUUUACCAUUAUGCUAUAUAGUUUGUUUUAUAAUUUAUGUGCGUGUAUUAUCUACCUAAUUAGAUUGUAAGCACUUAGAGGCAUGGCCUGUGUCUUUGUAGCUCACACAGUGCCUUGCAAGUAAUAGGUGCCCAAUAAAUAUUUAUCUGAAUUAAUGACUUUUCUUCUUACCCAGUUCUAUUUAAAACAGCUCUUGUAUUCACAUCCUUUCUCUGAAUUCUCAGUCAAGCCUGUCCCUUUAUUAUAAAAGGGAUCCAUUAUUGCAAUAGUCACUUUCUGAUUCCAAUUAUUCCCUCUUCACCACUGAAGAGGGAUAUGCUAAGCUAUGAUGUCCUAACAAAUAAAACCCCAAAUAAACAAAGAUUAAUUUCUCACAUAAAACCUGAUGUGAGUAAGGAAGAGAAAGCUGGAGGACUUUGUGAGCUAUGUUUAAGGGCCAUCACUUCUAUCCACAUCUCAUAGGCCAGAACCCAAGAAGAGAGGAGGAGAGUAUACCCUGACUGGUGUGGUUCAGUGGGUUAAGAGUUGGCCUGUCAACCGAGUCUUGGUGCAUGCCUGGGUCUCAGGCCAUGUCCCCAGUUGGGGGUAUGCAAGAGGCAACCAAUCAGUGCUUCUCUCGCACAUUGGGGCUUCUCUCUCUCUCCAUCCCUUCCCUUCUCUCUAAAAAAGUC